AUGAAUAAUUACUUGAGUGAUAUAAAAUAAAUAACACAUGAAAAAUAUCAAGAACUAAUAUAAAACGAAAAAGUUAAUUAAAAUGCUGUUUUAGCUUCAAUCUCAUUAGUUUAAAAAGAAUAAAAUGUAAUUUUAUGUUCUUUAGGAACAGGAUCAAAAGCAGUAGGAUUAAAUCAUAUGAAUGAAUAAAAUCAUUGUUUACAUUCUUGUCAUGCAGAAGUUAUUGCUAAAAGAGGGUUUUAAUUAUGGUUAUAUGAAGUAUUCUCUAAACCUAAUGAAAUUGAUAAAUAUUUUGAAAAAAAAGAAACUAAAUAUUCAUUAAAGAAUGAUUAUAAAGUUUGCUUUUAUGUAACUUAACCACCUUGUGGAUAGGCAUAAUUAUUUCCAGAAUCAAAAAUAUAUGGAAUGAGUGCAGCAAGACCUUUUUCAGAGUUUUUUAAAGAAACAGAAAAUAUUCCAAAUUGUGAUUCCUAAAGAUUAAGAAGUACUCCAGCCAAUUCUAAAACACCAAUUUAAUAAAAGAAUCCAAGUUUUUGUUGUUCAGAUAAACUUAUGAUUUGGAAUAUAGUAGGAAUUCAAGGUGCAUUAUUGAAUUAAUACAUUAAUCCAAUUUAUAUUGAUAAUUUAAUCAUUGAAUUUAGAGAGCAUUUUAGUUUGAAAUAAGUAUUUGAUGUGAGAAAAAGAUCAGGUAAAAAUAAGAAUGAUAUUUUAAAAAUAAAUAAUAAAUUAAUCAGCAAAUCAUUUAGAAUCUAAAAACCAAAACUAAUUUAUACAAGAAAAAAUCUAUUUACUCAUAGUCCUUAUCAUCCUAAAAAUGAUGAAUUAAAUAAAAGGAUUAAUAAAGAUAUAAAUUAACAAAGUCUAUAAUCAUUUAGUUAUUUAUAUGUGGAUUCUUGUGGAACUGAAAAGAUUAAUUCAAUUAAUGGUUUAAAGUGGGGACUUGCCAAAAAGGAUAUAUCCAGAUUAUAAUUUCUACCAAAAAUAACAAAAUUUUAAUUGUUUUAAAAGUUUAAAAAUUUAUAUUAUUCCUUUGAAUCCAAAUAACUUUUAUGUAAUUACAGAGAAGCAAAAAAUAGAAAUAUUAAAUAUUUAUGUUUAAAAACCAAUAUAAAAUAAUGCUUUUAAGAGUGGAGUCUUAAUAAAAUUCAAUAUGAGUAAUUUUAAUGA